AUGGAAAACAAUAACGGACCGCUUCUCGGAGCAAAGUUUGGCAUCCCUCCUGAUUCGGCCUUGGACAGAGAAGCAAAGGCUUUGUUCGCCGCUCGUGCCGUGGCCGGCGGCCGCUAUGCAAACGACAACGCCAGACAGGCGGCUAUCACCGAAAUCACGACUUUCAAUGCUGGAGGCUACGUCGUUCCGUGGAAACAAGAACGAGCGGCGCAGCGACCGGCGUUGCCGGCAUGGAUCGCUAGACACUCGGAAAAGCUUGGUGCAUCCAGGGGGUUUCCUACCAAGGGACCACAACAAAACGCUCUGAAUGAUCUCGGUUAUUGGUUGCUGGAGGCAGCGAAAGAGGAUUACAAUUUGGCCAACGAAGGAGUAAUCCAAACAUUCAACGGGUUCUUGAUCAAGGCUGUCAACGACGGUUUCGAUAAGACGGAUGUCGGAGGCACAAUGAACGGUGAGAAAAAUCACGCUGGACUUGUUCCUUAG